AUGGUAGGAACUAGAGCUGGUGCUUCAUCAUCAGGAUCUGGUGACUCAACUCACCAAAUGGAGGCUAGAAUUAACCAGUUAGAAAAUAUGAAUACCCGAUUGUUGAAUCUGUUGGAGAAUAACCAGGCAAAUAAGGAUACAGAUGAUGAGGGAAAUUUUAUAAAAGUAAAGUUCGAGGAUUGGAUCGCUUAUAUGGAAAAACUCCUGGAUAUGGUGAAUUGUCCAACCAAUCUAAGAGUGAAGUUAGCAUCAUUCUAUUUAGAUGGACAAGCAGAUAUGUGGUGGAAGACUGUGAAAAAUAUUGCUCAACGACCUGAUUUUACUUGGGAUAAGUUCCUUGAGAAAUUACGGGAAAGGUUUUAUCCUCCAGCACUUCAGACUAAGAAGGAGUGUGAAUUCCUUACCUUACGCCAGGGUAAGAUGUCGAUAGUAGAAUAUACGGCGAAGUUUGUCGAGUAUCCCGAUUCGCACCUGACUUAG